AUGCUCGUGCCGUCCCACUUCCUGCUGCUGCUGCUGCUCCUAGGGGCUCCCAGGAUGGGUCUGUCCCAUAAGUUCUCCAAAGCUGAGUACACCUUCUGCUGCAUCAGCACAGCCCUGUCUGAGGCCAAGAAGAGCCAGCUGGAGGAUGCACCUCUGCUGAGCAAGAAAGGCUUUGCUUUCCUGCCCAGCCAGGACCCAUCCUCAGGAGAGGACCAGGAGAGGGAGGAUGAGAGAGGGAGCAAAAUGAAAAGGACCGUCUCUGGCCCCAGGGGUGGUGGUGGAACUGGAAGCCCUCGCUACAAGUAUCUGUCCCAACCACAGCCCAGGGGGAGGCUGCACCAGAACAAGACCAAGAGUGACCGGCGCACCAAGCUCACUCUGUCCCUCGACGUCCCCACUAACAUCAUGAAUGUCCUCUUCAACAUCGCCAAGACCAAGAACUUGCGAGCCAAGGCAGCUGCAAACACCCAUCUGAUGGCACAGAUUGGACGGAAGUAG